AUGGUUUCUGUCGCAGAACCAGGCCUCUCAACAGAGGGGCAGCACCCCUUUGCGGAAGGCGCAACAGACGACAGCAGCCGGCCAAGGUCGCCACUUAACACACGAGAGCUGUUUCAGUGGCCACAGCGUGUGGCUGCUGCCUUGGACCCAGCAGAGCUGUGCAGAUUGCGCUCGAUUUUGCUCAGUGACGUGGUUGUGUUUUCAGAUUACUCCGGCUACGGCUCGGAGAGGGAGGCGCUCACAUGUGUGCUUCGUGCUAUUUGCCAGCAUUAUGGUUGGCACCUGGAGAAGGACCCGUUCAUUUAUGCAAGGAGCUGUGACAUUGGACAGUUGCCCCAGCAGGUCUUGCAAGCGCUAGCAGAGUCGUCUGGUGUCAAGUCUCGCCCAUGUCUGUUUGCAGAUGUAGUGGAGCACUGUGCUCCUCAGGCUGUGUCGUGGCUUAGGGCUGGUGUGCCGGCAGAGGAUUGCUCCAUGGAUGAAGCUGUGAAGGCAUACAAUACAAUCAUGGAGUGGCUACUUGCCAAUCGUUCUUGGGUCUUUCCUUUGGACGGGAAGCAGGCUUGCUUGGUUCAUAAGAAAGCUUGUCCGGUCUGUCCAAUGGCAGGUUGGGCUGCGCGAGUGCAGCAUUUGCGGGACCUGCAAGGUGCGCAGAAGCGGAAGCGUGACGAAGCUUUCCUUCAUGAUCAGGCUAAGGCCGAGGCAGUGGAGGAUGCAGGAUCCGCUAACUUAGCCACGACUGUGCCUGCUGAAGCUUGUGAGACCACUGCAGAGGGCAAUGGAGAGCAUCUUGCAUUUGAUCGCCCGCUGUCAGUAUGUUUUGCUGGCGUAUCCUGUGACGGGUGGAGUGUCAUGGGUUCGCAGAAACGGUUUGCUCACCACAGCGAGCUUCCUCACAAUGUUUUCGUAGCAGAGAGGGUCGCUCGUGCUGAACAGGGCGUUGAAGACGUGUGCUUUGUUGAGUGUACGGCGAAGUACCCAUGUGAACAGAAGUUGAAGUUGUCGCAGCCCAUGGCUGGUUCGCAUCAUGUGCUGCACUUCCGAUGCAAUCCUCUUUCCUUUGGUUUCCCUGUGAGUCGACCCAGAGUGUUUGCAGCUUGUUUGAACCUGCGUUCAGUGGUGUGGGUGGGGCCAAAAGAUUGGGAGCAGGAUUUUGCCAACAAGUUCUACUCAUCAUGUGCAGUAUCCGGUGAUGCUUUGCUUGUCUCGACACCAGAAGAGCGAGCCUCGGUGUAUCGAGAGAUGGCCCAGUUGCAGAAAAACUAUUGGGGGUGUUCUCUACCAUAA